AUGGGGACCGGAAAAAAGGAACGGUCCCGCAUCGAGCGGCAGGGGAAGGUGAAGGGUGAUCCCAAGGUUAAGGGCGAGAACUUCUAUCGCUCGGCCAAAAAGAUCAAGACCCUGAACAUGUACAAGGAUGGCAAGGCUACCCGCAACAAGGAGGGCAAGGUGGUCCAGGCCGCCUCCUACCAGAGCAAGGAGGUUCCCAAGGCGGUCGUCGAGCCGAACCGGAGGUGGUUCACCAACACGAGAGUCAUCUCCCAGGACACCCUUAAAUCAUUCCGGGAGGCCAUCGCCGAGAAGGAGAAGGACCCAUACUCGGUUCUGCUGAAGAGCAACAAGCUUCCCAUGAGCUUGAUCCGGGACGGGCCGAGUCUCCAAGAUGGGCUGAAGAAGCACCAGGCGAAGAUGACGAUUGAGAGCGAGCCUUUCUCAGAAACCUUUGGGCCCAAGGCCCAGAGGAAACGGCCAAAACUCAGCUUCAACACCGUCGACGAGCUAGCCGGCUACACCGAGGACAGCCUUGACUCGUACCAGGCCCGCUUAGAACAAAUCAAGCUGCUCAAUGGUGCGGCGGGAUCUGCGGCGACAGAUGGUGAUGAACUGGUGGAGGAAGACUUCAGCGUUGCGACUGCGAAGGAAGCCAUCUUCUCUAAGGGGCAAUCCAAGCGUAUCUGGAACGAGCUGUACAAGGUUAUCGACUCAUCCGAUGUCAUCCUUCACGUAAUAGACGCCCGCGACCCGUUGGGGACAAGAUGUCGGCACGUUGAAAAAUACCUAGCCACUGAAGCCCCACACAAGCACCUCGUCUUCGUCUUGAACAAGAUCGACUUGGUGCCCUCGAGCACAGCGGCCGCCUGGAUUCGUGUACUCCAGAAAGACCACCCGACCUGCGCUAUGAGGUCAAGCAUCAAGAACCCCUUCGGCCGCGGCUCCUUGAUCGAUCUUUUGAGGCAGUUCAGCAUCCUCCACAAAGAUCGGAAGCAGAUCAGCGUCGGUUUGAUUGGUUACCCCAAUGUCGGCAAGUCCAGUAUUAUCAACGCGCUCCGUGGCAAGGCUGUCGCUAAGGUGGCACCCAUUCCGGGUGAAACCAAGGUGUGGCAGUACGUCACACUGAUGAAGCGGAUUUAUCUUAUUGAUUGCCCGGGUAUCGUCCCACCAAACCAGAACGAUACCCCGCAGGAUCUUCUCCUCCGGGGCGUCGUCCGUGUUGAAAACGUGGAGCAUCCCGAGCAGUAUAUUCCCGCCGUGUUAAAAAAGGUCAAGACACACCACAUGGAGAGGACGUAUGAGCUCAAGGGCUGGAAAGACCACAUCGAGUUUCUCGAGCUUAUGGCCCGGAAGUCCGGCCGGUUACUGAAGGGCGGUGAACCAGAUGUCGAUGGUGUUGCCAAGAUGGUUCUCAAUGACUUCAUGCGUGGCAAGAUCCCCUGGUUCACGCCAGCCCCGGCGAUGGAGGGAGGAGACGACGCAGUCGUUGAAGGCAGACAGGGGCGCUUUGGCGAGAUGCCUCUCAAGCGGAAACGCGAUGAUAACGAGAGCGUCGCCGGCACCACGUUGACUGGUUCGACCGCCGCAGCGGAGGACGAUGAGGACAAUGAAGAUGAGGAGGAGGAUGAAAACUUCUCGGGAUUUUCGAGUGAUAGUGACUCAGAGGAAGAGGACGGGCCCAACGCAGAAGCCGAGGCAGGAGGUGGAGCAGAUAUGAUACCCCUAGGUGAUUCGAGUGACGAAGAGGAUGAGGAGGACUCCGAAGAUGAACAAGGUUCGGGAGAAGACGACGACGAAGCGGAUGACGAAUCCGAUCUCGACAUCGAGGGUGCCAGCGAUGUGCUCCCAUCGGAGGACGAGUCGGAUCCACCCGUCCAGAAGAAACGGAGGAAGGCGAGGUAG